AAACGGAGAGCCCAUUUUAGGUUCACGGAAAAAAAAAAAAGAUUCGUUGCAUUGCCUUGAUAAAUAAACUAAACACUCUCAACUCUUCUUCUACCUCCUUCCGCCGGCAACGGCAACCACCAUUUCUCUGCAACUUCCACCACCAACAAUGGGGUCCAAUUCCACUUCACUCAUCGAUUUCGCUCAAAGCAUUUUCUCCUACAACAGCAACAUCAUGCUCGCCGCUCUCAUUUCUCUUCUCUUAGUCGUUCUCUUCGUUCUUCUCCUCCACGCCUACGCCAAUUGCUUCUUCCCUCACCCUCGCUACCGCCACCGCCACCGCACCUCCCUCACUGUCUCCUACAUCCUCGCUCCGCCUCGUCUCUCCCGUUUCGAUUCGUCCGUUCCGUUUGAUUUAGUUUCUGCUCCGUCCAAAGGCCUCGAUCCGUCUGUAAUCUCUGCUAUUCCUCUGUUCGUUUACGAAUCCGAGGAGAAGAAGUGUGCGGCGGCGAUGGAGUGCGUGAUUUGCCUCAGUGAAUUUGAAGAACGAGAACUGGGACGACGGUUGCCAAAAUGUAGCCAUGGAUUUCAUCUGGAGUGUAUUGAUAUGUGGCUGAACUCUCACGCGAAUUGUCCUGUUUGUAGAGAGCCAGUGAUUGGUGAGGCUGCGGAUUGUUCUGAUGCGGCGGAAUCCGGUGAGAGAGAAAUCGGAGGGGAGAUUGUGAAUGUGAUGGAGGAAAGGAGUAACAAUUGUGAGAUUCAGAGGAAUGAGGGACAAAACGGUCAGUUUAAUUCCGAUUCUUCUUCUUCUUCUUCGAUUGAUCCGCCAUUGAUGUCGCUUGGAGCGUCUUUGAUGCGAAUGUUGAGUAGAAACAGAUCAGACGGAAGGAUUUUCCCGUCCUCCAAUGGCGAAGAAGAAUUGGAUGUUUGAAUUAUCGAAGCAUUAGAAUUAGAAUUCGCCAUUUGUACAGAUUUUUCUUUUUCUUUCACUUUUUGACAUACAAUUUCAUUAGUAUUACUAAAUCCACUGUUUUUUCCCCUUCCACAAGAGAGAAAAUUAGUUUGUAUUCUUUUUUUUUUUUUUUUUAAUUUACAUAAUAUCGUCAUUCCCAAAUUUUUUUUUUCUUACUAGUCGAAAUUUUGAUAUGGAAGUGGAAUGUUUAGGUUGGUUGAAGUAUGUUUCAUUUUAUAUUUUUCAAAAUAAUUUCGUGCUAUUGUAUUUGG